AUGUGGAACUAUGUCACAGUCUACAAGACCGUCACGAAUGUCCCUCCCACGGUCACCAUCCUUCUCGAAGAUCCAAAUGCGGUUGCGAGCAGCUGGGCCUCAAUUGACACGGCGCAAGUCAGCCAAGAGGUUGUUGAGGCACCGGUCUCAGCCAAGCCAAUCGGCACUGUGACCUUUGUUGAUUCCGUCCGAGUGUCUGGCUUUGAAGCUACAGAGAUGUCCAACACCCCCGGGGCGUCGGUGUUCUACAUGUCGAAGUCCGUCACUAGCUCGAUGGAACCAACGAUUGUGGCAAAAGUCACAACUGUCACCGUCUCUCCACUCCCCUUUGCCACAUCACACCAACAGAACAUCCAAGUCAAUACGACCACAAGUACUGCCGCAGAUAGCAAUGUCCAUGGCGCUUUCACCAGUCCUUAUGGUGGCUGGAAUGGCAGUGCUUCAGCUGACUCCUCACUCUUUGGACCGGCCACUGCAUUUAAUGGCUCGGAUCCGAUUGGCACUGGCGCUUAUCCAGGGACCUUGCCUCCCGUGUCGGGAACAGACGUGCAGGCUACAUUCACUCAAUUUCGGUGGACUUCUACAGUUACAGAGAUUGCCACGGUUUACGCUACCGUGCCAGUCGAAUCGGUCUACGGCUACGACACCAGUGCUUAUGACCACGGUACUGUUACCUCCGAUGUCGACGACCUCCAGAAGAGACAAACUUGUGUGUGGAUCUCUGCUACUAUUGGUGGUCAAGAGGUGGGUUGGUGCAAUAAUUGGGCUGGUGGUUCAACAUACACUUUCACUUCUUGGGAAACAACCACCACGCCUGGAUUCAUUCCUGGUAUUGGUACUAUCACUCAUUCAAGCACCACGACCGGCACUGCGACUACAGGCUCAAUAACAAUCCAGACAUCAGUGCCUUCGUCAACCAACCCACCACCAGCUCCGACAGCCGCCGGUUGUGGGGAAGUCGGCCCCUUCCAGAUCGGAUUCGACGACCUUAUCCCCAAUACAAGCAAUGCCAGCUUUCUUGGGACGCCCAUGAUUCAGAAUCCUUACAACUUCUUGGCCUGGGGCGAUGGAUGGGGAUACGUACCUCCACCGAGCGACCCUUUCCCUCCGCAGUCCGGCGACCGUCUGGCGCAGUGGGACCCAUCGCUCAACAAUACGGUGAUGGGCUCCCCUGAUGCUGGUAGCAUUCCACCAGGAUCAAUUGGCGCGUGGGCCCGCAACAGUAAACACUACUGGUUCUCAGCCGAUUCGGCCUUUGUGGGAUGCGACAAUGGAUCGAGAAACCUGAGCCAGGUCUGCGAUUUUGUUGCUACGGCCUACCAUUGGGACAAUAAUACUCAGUCGGAGGUUGUCGUGGCCACUCAACAUUUUCACAUUCCUCCAUGCCCGGACCUCGUCAAUUGUCAGCUCACUAUGGUCAACUUCAACUACCUGUUUUACAAAUUGUCCACACUACAGUUCUAUGCCAACGUCCAAGGGCAGCUCAGCAAGUUCUGGGUAGACAGCAUCAACAUGAACUGGUACGACAAUAGCUGUGAAGCAGGCCUGGCUCGUAUCGAGCGUCAGUGGUAG